AUCCUCCCUCCGUGUGUAGAUGCAGCGGCAUGCAUCAGCAGCCCGGUCAGAGGCAGCAGAGUGUCGGGAACUCCAGCAGCUCCGCUCCGUAUAUUUCCACUGACCCUCCGAUAUUAAGGAUUCAUUCAUCUCAGCCAGAGCUGCAGCUCGGUGUGUCCGGACGUGAUCUGUCCAUCCAUCCACCCGUCUGUCCAUCCAGCUCUAUUUAUUUCUCCUUCCACCCAGCAGUGCGCUGCAUCCGCAGCUGCGUCCGGGAAGGUCAGACAUCAUUUUUUUCUGACUAGCGGACCUGACAACUUUUUUUUUUUUAAUUUUUAAAUUCCUCUCUUCCUGAUCACCAUUUCAUUUCAUCAGCGGGAGAUUAUUACUGCAUUCAGCCGUCGCUGACGCUGCUUCCUCCUGUGUGGACGAGAGGAUGGAUGGCUGACCUCGGAGCUCACUGACUGGUUCGCUGAUCUUCGCUGGUCGUAGUUGCUGUCAUGGCCAAAAGCCCGGAGGUGAAGCUGGCCGUCUUCGGCAGAGCAGGGGUGGGCAAGUCAGCUUUGGUGGUGAGAUUUCUGACCAGACGCUUCAUCUGGGAGUACGACCCAACACUCGAGUCAACAUAUCGUCAUCAAGCCAACAUUGACGAUGAGGUUGUCACCAUGGAGAUUUUGGACACUGCAGGACAGGAGGACAUCCAGCAGAAGGAGGGUCACAUGCGUUGGGGUGACGGAUUCGUCAUUGUGUACGACAUCACAGAUCGGGGAAGCUUUGAGGAGGUGGCGCCUCUCCGAAGUCUCCUCGAGGAAGUAAAGAAGCCGAAAAACGUGCCCCUGGUCCUUGUUGGUAACAAGUCUGAUCUGGACCACAUCCGGCAGGUCGGCACAGAGGAAGGCGAGCGUCUUGCAGCUGAAAUGGCGUGCGCCUUCUACGAAUGUUCGGCAUGCGCCAAUGAGGGUGGCGCUGUGGCUGAGGCUUUCCACGAGCUGUGCCGUGAGGUGAGACGCCGUAAGGCCAUGCAGGGCAAGGCCAGACGCCGCAGUUCCACUACACACGUCAAACAGGCCAUCAACAAGAUGCUGACCAAGAUCAGCAGCUAGGGAAGAGCCACACUACCGUCUGAUGACACAAGAAAUGUAAAUUUUUCUCAUGUAAAUGUUUCAAUUAUUGGCUCUGAAUCGGACAAAAUGUGACUGAUUUAAUGUGGAAUGUGUUCUUUACUCAUUCUCUGAUCAUUUUCCAUCAGAAAAGUCCCAGGUACAAUAUCUCUUCCCUCUGGAAGAUGGGAAUGUUAUCACUUCAGCAUGGGAGUCUUAAAAGAUGAUUUAUUGUCCAGACAUGAGCUCGGGCAAGUUGUUUCAUGAUGAAUCUGUUAAAACGAUAAGGUUCUGAACUUUUUUCUUUUAUCCUCUCUUCUAAAAUCAAUAAAUAAGUGAUGGAUGCAAACUGUCCUAUUUAGCAUGCAAAGAAUCCAAGCAUUUAUUGACGUCAAACGAGAAGAUUUGUAGUUUCCUCUCUGUAUCUUGUCUGUAUGGGGAUAUUGUGUGUAACUGUUGUGUCAGCAGUGGCAAAGAAACAUAAGAUCAGAGAACUACUAACAGUAAAUCCACCGUCCAUGUCAAAACGAGAAAACCGUUUCACAGUGUUCUGCUCACAUUAAAUGUUCUUCAGUGUUUGUCCAGCACACGUGUGAUUCAAGAUCUCAAGGAACCAAAGCACAGGUUCAGAACAUUUUCACCAUUUUCUCUACACCCACGAAGGUCCAUCCCAACAUGACACAUUCCAAGGAUUUUUGUCAUGGCUGUAAUUUCAAUAUUGUAAACUACAGUAUGUAUGAUAUGGUAUACUGCCUUAAGCACUGCCGUGUCUUAGGUGUGUACAGUACCCAAAGGUAUCUACAGUAGAAGAUACUGUAAUUGUUGAAAUGUAAUAUGUUUUUUUCUUUAUGUACGUGACCUGUAUGAUGAAAAGAACCACCUGUGCACUUGUAAUUAAAAACUGAGAUAUAUCCCAACA